AGACCUGUUAUAGGUGCUGAUGCUGGCAAUUGAGCACUCAGUUCAAAAUGAGUGACAGUAAUGUUUGCAAUUGUUUUCAGUCUCGAAUUUUUCUGCUGUUGUAAAAAAAAAAAAUUGUCAGCAGGCAGAAAAUUUAACGCUCUAAACAGUAUAACAAUGAAAAAAUACAGAGAGAAAUCUGCAUGUUUUAUUUUGAAUAGUUUUCAGUUUGAAGUUUGUUUAUUUAGAGACUUUGCUGCAAGCUUCCGGGUCGAAGCGCGCGGUCAGGGAAACUGGUAACAGGUCCAGUGCGAAACUGAAAAUGGUGGACGGAAGCAGACGUCACUUCAGUUGUUGUUUUAGUUUUCUUUUAUGGCUUCUACAGGCUUCAACAUUGUCAUAUGGAGUUCAGAAACUACGAAUGGUGAAUGUGGUAUAUCGUCAUGGUGACCGGUCUCCAGUUGGUUUUUUCCCAGCAGAUGAGCAUCAGGAUUACUGGCCUCAAGGACCAGGACAACUAUCUCAGAUUGGCAUGAAACAAGAAUAUGAACUUGGCAAGUUUCUGAAGGAUCGUUAUGUUACAGAGUAUAAGCUUCUGAAUUCAUCAUAUCUGUUGAACGAGAUCUAUGUGCGGAGUAGUGACAAGGAUCGUUGUAUAAUGAGUGCACAGACACAGCUUAAUGGUCUCUAUCCACCACAUGGAAAACAGAUAUGGCGGGAUAAUUUAGACUGGCAGCCAAUUGGAGUUCAUGUAGUACCAAGGACGGAAGAUUAUCUUCUAAGACCAUUUGACUACAAAUGCCCUCGACUUUUGGAACUUUUGGCAAAGUCUAAAGAAGACAAAGAGUAUCUGGAUAUGGCCAAACAGAACGAGGAACUGCUGUCAUAUGUUUCAACACAUGCUAAAAUGAAAGUAACAGUAGAUACAGCCCACCGAAUCUAUGACACACUUUUUUGUGAGAAAUCUCACAAUCUGACGCUACCAGCUUGGUCCACAAAUGGAACAACUUGGGCAGGCUUGAGGAACUUGAGCUACUUUAACAUGAUGUGGCUGUUCAAAUCUCCAGAGAGAGCUAAGUUAACUGGAGGUAAUUUGGUGGGGGCGAUUGUUAACAAUAUGAAAGACUACCUCAAACCAACGAGUAAGAAAUUAUAUAUUUAUUCAGCGCACGACACUACAGUUUCUGCAUUGCUGAGUGCCUUAGAUGUAUAUGACGGAAUCGCGCCGGCUUACUCCAGUGCAGUGAUGAUUGAACUUUUCUCAGAUGAAAAUGAUAACAAGAAGAAUCUGACAGUGCGUAUAAUGUAUCGAUAUGGCCAAAGCUCAGUGCCAAGAAAGCUCAAGUUGGCGACCUGUUCAGAAUUUUGUCCUCUUGAUGACUUCAUCAAAAAGACAGCUGAUGUUAUUCCUGACGAUAUCGACAAGGCUUGUGGUGUGGGAAAUGAGGAAGAAGAAAAGUGUGUUAGGACCGAAGUCUACAAAAGUUUCUUGGCGGCCUUUGUUGCUGUGACUGUUUUACUGGGGCUUAUUCUAAUGUGUCUGUGCAUCAGGUGUUGCCGCCAAAGAUGCUGUCGUGGAAAUAAUCUAACUGUUUACAAUACUGACCUGCUGAAAGAUGCGCGAUUAUUGGAUAAACAGGAUUAUGAUUCGGACACAUGAGCUGUGAAGCAGUUACUAGAUUUUAACUUUUUCCAAUUGCCAGUUAGCCUGGGAAACAACAUUUCGUCCUUGCGAAUCUUUCACUUUUUACUUCACUUUUAGCCAUAAUCCCCUUGGGGUAUUGGGCCGGAAAGGGGGGAGAGGGGUGGGGAGUUAUUGCGACGAAUCUUAAGGAUUUCCAGCUCUAAUUAUCCAAUCAGCGUAAAGUUCCGAGCUAGCUGCGUGACGUCAGUAAGUAACGUCAUGCCUUCUUAUUGGAGGCUGGACCAACCUACUAAACAACUUCGUUCCCAGGGUCCUCUCUCUAAACGAGGCAGAGAGAAGACUCUGGGAACGAGUUUGACUACAACGUAAAUGGCAGUGAGGCCAUCGCCAAACAAUAGGUUGAAUGAGCAGUUAUCAGCUUUGCAAACCGCGUGACCAAAUUCUUUGUAAUUUUGAGGACGUGAACCCCGACGCCUGAUUAUCCAUAGGCCUAUUUGGAAUGAAACGCUUUCGUGACAUGUUCAACCGGAGCUUGUUCUUAAACCGUUAGAUACACUGAAUAAAUCUGGAUAAAUGAGAAAUUCCUAGGUAAAAUACCCGGUUAACAUCCAAAUUCAUCUUUUACGAGGUGUUUUCCUUGCUGUUGCCGUCGUCAUUGCUUGCGUGAAACCUCUGACUCCGUCAAUAUUUGGACAAUAUAGUUCUGAGGUUUCUGACCGCGGUGAUACAUGCUAUUAUAGAAAGCUUUGUUCCCUGACUGUAGUUAUCACUACUACAGAGUGUCUGAAGUGGGGAGUAUGAAUAGUCUAAAUAGUCGAGAAUUGGUCAAAACUUUUAGCUGAGAAGUGACACGUUUUUUAACCGAUGUCUGUGAUCUGAGAAAUGCGCUGAAAUAUUCACGAUAAGCUAAGAAAUCAUUUAAAUUUUCGGCGCCGCCGAAAAUUUAACUGGUAACAAACAGAACUUAGUGGUGUUCUUUUGUAUUAAGGGUUAAAGCAGGUGGCCUUAGUCACAUGUCGGUGGACCAUAGUAUUUCCAGUUUUUGAAUAACACAUCAGGGCUAUGCAUAGUGGACAGAGAAAUAUUGUUUGCCACAUACAACCUUGAUUUGCACCGAUAUUUAAAAGAUGCCUGAGAAAACGGUGCCCGUCGUGUUGUGCUAACUUGUGUGUUUGUUAGUGUUGUUUUUUGUUACUUUGACAUUUUUUUUUUCAUAGUUAUUUUACUGAGUUAUUUAUUAUAAAAUUGCCAGCUGAAAUUUCUUUUUUCUGUCGAAAGUCAAUUGACUUGCCCAGUUUUUCCCAUGAUUUCAAAUCCUUCUUUGUGAUAUCGGAUUGCUUAUUCCUCUUGCAGUGGUUAGUUGUUAGUGGUUAGGUUUCUCUGGCAUAGCAAGCCAUUAUUUUGGGGUUUUUAUUGGGGUUUCAAGAUUUGCGUGUAAAUUUAAUUGUAUUAGACACCAGUGUUAAUUUUGGGACCAGCAAGAGCGAUGCCUGGGAUAUAAUUAAGAAAUGAAUUUAGAUUUUGCUGUAAUGAAGGUGGAUACAUGUGUGGAUGUACAGUGGGACCCCGCCUUUAAUACGGCCACUUUAUUCUGGCCCGAACGAAAGCUCAGUCAAUCAUCCGAGAGCCCUUUUAAUACGGCCACCCCAUUAAUACAGCCAGACUUUUGUGGCCAGUUGGUGACCGGAUUAACGGCGUUCUACCGUAGUUUUGUCUAGUAUGAAAGAAAACUUUUAGCUCCAUUUUCGAGCACAGAAAGUCUUCAUAGAAUUUACUGUCUAACAGAAUUAAUACUAGCUAACGUCUGUUAACAAUAAAAAGUUUAAAAUGAGCAGCAAA